AUGAUGGCUCCAUCAUCCUCUUCAGACUCCUCUUCUCGCAACCCUUCGGCUGCUCCGACGGCCUCGAGACUGACCCAUCGGCCCGCCGAUCGAUCGCCAAAUCCAGACUCCCCAAGCAGCAGUAACACCGAUAGUGCGCCUAUUCCAGAUGAGGAGCAAGGGGCCGAUCUACCGCUAACCAUGUCCGCAUCGGUUGUGUUAACUAGCCUUCCGCGCGAUGCUCACCAGGCUCUGGCUGAUGUGGAGGCUAUUGAUAAAGGCAAAGUCACAGUUCGCUUCCAUCCUCUGCCUUCAGCCCCCAUUCUCAAAAAUCGCGUUUUUAAGAUCAGCGCCUCCCAGAAGUUUGAAACGGUAGUCAAGUUCCUCAGAAAGAAGUUGAACUGCAAAGAUACCGACUCCGUAUUUUGCUAUGUAAACAGUGUGUUCGCCCCCGGACUGGAUGAAGGCGUUGGAGGAUUGUGGAGAUGCUUUAAAUCGGAUGACCAGCUGAUAGUGGCAUAUUCGAUGACUCCUGCUUUUGGUUGA